UUGAUUUCAUUCAUUCACAAGUCAAUUACAUGAUUGUUAUUUUUAUUUAUAAAUCUGAAAUUAUGCGAGUGCGCAAGUAUACAGAAAGAUAAAAUAUAUUAAAAAUAAUUUACAUUAUAUUUAACGAAAAUGACGCAAAAUGAAGAUCGUCUUACCGAGAGUAAUGACAGGAUAAAUACAAUAAGCGAAUUGCCCGGAAGACCAUUUCGCCUAACAAUGGAAGUUCCAUUAUUUACUAUUAUGCUGGCUUUUGCGUUAUCAGGAUCGGUAAUAAGCAACGUGGUCCUCUACCGUAUCUGCGUCCAUUCCCUGCACCACAGUGAGGACGAGUGCCGUCCGUUCCUGGCGCCUGUCAAGUCCAACACCAGCAGGCAACUGGAGGAGGAAGUACAGAAGUACAGCACCACCGUGAGCCUCGUCAGGACGCUUGUGGAGUCGACCGGGCCGGCUGUACUGUCUUUGUUCAUUGGCGUCUGGUCUGAUACGUAUGGAAGGAAGCCGCUGGUUGUAUGGCCGUUGUUUGGUUCUGCGUUAUCAGCGAUGUUGAACGUAGUGUUCGCUCUAGCGGAAGGGUUUGGCCCGUGGUGGUAUGUCCUCACUGCGGUGCCAUUCUCCCUGACUGGAGGGUACACGGCUCUAUUUACCGGGGCGUUUACCUACAUUAGUGAUAUCACCACCAAUGAAAACCGCUCGUUGAGGAUGACAGUGUUGGAAGCCGUGUUUUCGGCCGGGAGUCUUAUUGGUUCCCUGGCCAGCUCGUAUGUAAUCAACUUAGUUGGGAACCUGGUGGUCCUGCUCAUCAACGCUGCACUAAUUGUGGUCGCCUACGUCUUCACAGCAGUGUUCGUCACUGAGUCGUUAAAUGGAGCUUUACCGGGCAACUUGAUGACGCUUCUAGAUAUUCGGCUGGUAAAAGAAAUGAUAGACACGUGCUUCAAACAAAGACCCAACCGAGGCAGGGCGCAACUCCUACUGCUGACCCUCACUAACAGCUUCUCCAUAUUUGUCCUGUACGGACUGAUGAGCUUAUCCUACAUCUACACAAGAGAAAAGCUUCACUGGGCUGUUAAGGAAUACAGCAUAUAUUCAGCUGCUAAUACACUCAUUAAUGUUAUCGGAGCAGUAGCUGGAGUUAAGUUUGGCAAGCUGAUAGGUUUGGGAGACUUGCCCUUGGCAAUUCUUGGACACCUAUCGGCCGUGGGAGAUCUGUUAGUGGUAGCAUUUGCUGUGACUUCCUGGCAAAUGUAUAUGGGUGCCGGGAUAGCGAUGUUCAAGGGAAUGGCCGCGCCGCUGGUGCGAUCCUUCAUAACUAAAGUGAUGCCCCUAGAGGACAUCGCCAAGGCGUUCGCCUUGCUGUGCGCCUUUGAAGCUAUUUGUCCUCUGAUUUCCUCUGUGGUCUACAACUCACUCUACAGAUAUACGAUCGUGUCGUUCCCAGGAGCCAUAUACGUGUUCAGUGCAUUCAUACUGUUCGUUUGUGCUGUUAUGUUAGCAGUGGUCCAAUACUUUACAGUAAAGGGCUCUACGCCAUAUCAAAGAGUGGAGGAAGAUGUCCCAGUUGACGAAGAUAACUAGUGAUCUCAUUCUUUUGUCACAAAUAUGUUUUACGUUAAGUACUUAAAUAAAUUUCAAGUGGAUUUGGACUGUGAUAUACGAAAAAAAUAUACAAUAAAUAGAUGUAAGUAUACUUUGUUAACUAAAACGACCAAAAUAAAAGAAUAAAGUUAACUGCGAA